GGAUAAACAGAAAGUUAAAUUCGCAUCCAACUUCUUCAAAAGACACUUCCAUACAAUUUGUUAGUACCCUAACAGAAGAAUGCCACCUAAAGUCGGAAAAAGUAAACAGCCUGAUUCAGUAGGCACUUCUGUCAUUGAUAAAAAAGAUUAUAGUCCGACUGAUCUGAAGGUUGAAAAGGAUAAAAACAAUCACUCAGCGUCUGUGACUAUAAAAGACAAGGCAAAAAACAACAACAGCAAAGAUAAAAAGACAUGUGAUGAAUUAGACAAUGAGAAUGAGCCUAAAGAAGAUCCACUAAACCUAGGGGAAUUAGAGCCAGAUAAAGUACACAGUAUUACUGAUAGCAAGUCUAAACAAGGUCAACGAAAAGAAGAAGAUUCACAGCCAGAUAAAGGAGGCUCUAGUGAUGGGAGUGAGUCUAAAGUAGAUCAUCUUGAGAAACCAAAGUCUCUAUCAGAAAACAGUGAUUCAGUUAUAGAGGAAACAACUGAAGAUCUUCAUAGCUCAGCUGAUAAUAAAGAUGAACAAUCAGUAAAUGGUGGCAGUGAGAAACAAAACUCAUUACAUCAAGACAUAGACAAUUCAAAAGAUUUUGUGGACAGGGAAACUGUAAGAAAAAUAGUGAAAGAAGAGUUAAGAAGACACAAAAGAUCAUUUACAAAAAUGCAGACUGGAUUUAUAUCAUUUACUGCCUUCUUACUUGGAGGAGGAAUGAUGUCAUACUGGUGGAAACCACACUAUACAAACAUGACAAAUACAACAUAUGUAUUAAGCGAUAAUAUUACCCAUUCUAGUAUAGUCAUGGAGGACGUAACACAGAAACUUGAACAAUGUCAAGCCAACUUGACACAGAUAAAGGAUGAUUUCAAAAAUGUUCAAGAUAAUUUUGUUUAUUUAAAAAAUGAAGUGACAGAGGUAAAUUAUGGUAUAACUGGUACCAUCGAAGGUGUGAAAGGAGAAUUGAAAGAGGAUUUCCUUCUGUUAAAAAGGGACAUAAAUAUCUUGACUGGAACACAGCAAAUCCAUGGCAAUAAGUACAUAACAUAUUCUGAAACGAUAUUUUUUCUGAUAGCUGGUUUAAUCCUAGAGCCAUUGUUAAUCUUUCUGUUGUAUAAAUAUUUACCAUGGAGGAGUUCAGCUAGUAAUCAUGAUUCUGAUGCACAUGUCCAUGAUGGUCAAAGUGCACAGGCACAGGUCCACAUUGAACAACAUAUAAGGGUGAAGAAUAGGCGGAAUACACCAAGAAGAACGAAUAUACUAGAUAAGAUAUGCAGUGGGAACUUGGAGGAGUCUAUUUGUAUCCUAAGUUUCUAUGAAGAAACUCAGGACAUGCAUCGUAGUAUGUUAACAUCAGCAUUGCAACAGAAAGAUUUUCCAAUGAAGCCAUUCUUAUUACAACUCGCUGAUCCAGAUGCAUUGUCUAUUCCAAGAUGUCGCUUUGUUUUUGUAUUUGUUGAUUUUAAUGAAAGGAAUGUUAUUUUAGAAACCCCUGGCCAAGAUCUCGGUGAGAAGAAAGUAGUUACAGUCAAGGCUUGUCAGAAAAUGGGAGCUGAUGUGUUUGUUAUAUAUACAAGAGACAGAGAUUCAAGUCAUUUGGGUGACGGCAAGCUGUACAACAAGGACUUGUCAGCCUUUACAAAACAUUAUCUAUUGAAAGAACUGACAGCUAAAAACAGAGGACUUAGUGUAAAUGAUAAAUUUUCUUCAUACCAGAAAAGUCACAUCAGGAGAAUUGUUCUGAAAAAAUGACAAAGUUCUUACUUUUUGUAUUUAUAAUCAAUGUUUUUUUUUUUAUGAUUUAUACAUUCAAUUUCACAACUGAAAUAGUGACCAUGCUGUAUUGAUAUAACUUAGAGGCUAUUCCAGAAAUUACAAAAUAAAGUGAUCCAGAGGCAUUUAAUUAAAAUAUAUGGUUGAUGGAGCUUAUUUGGCUUGAGGCAUUAGAACCCAUUGGAACCUCCCCCCUCUUUUUUCUGACCAUCAAUGCAUUUGAAUGGGGACAUAUAGUUGGACCCCCUUUUGAAAAUGGCUGCAUCAGCUCCUGCUGAUGCUGAUGCACCAAUUUUGGCAAUUAAUACCUUUCAUUUCUGCAUUAAAUUUACAUAUUAUGAAUACUUACUCAAUCUUACUCUAAAGUACUAUUGUUAUAUAACUUAAGUAAAAUGAUUUUGAGUUCAAAGACACCUCUGUUCUAUUAUUACAAAGUUUUUUAAAGAAAAAAGUCACAUAUUUUUCAUACAGAAUUUGAAUUACAGUGAAGUAUUUAUUUUUGUGACAUUAUGUCACAUACAAGUUAAUAUGUUUUUCAUUGUAACUGCACAAAUUUAUUUAUAGUGAAUUAUUUGUCAUAAUAUAAUAAAGCCUGGAAAAAACAAACUUGCAACCUUCUAGUCCUCAGUUUCUUUUCUUUUUUAGCUUGCUUGCUUAGAUUUAUGCAUAUUUGCUUAGAUUUUAUAUUAUACAUGUGUUUUAUUUAUAUGUGUAUUGUUAUUUGUUUUUUAAAUGUCAAGUCAGCUAAGAGCUCUCCAGAGUUCAUGUUUACUGUGUUAAUUUGUACAUAUGACUCUAAAUAAAAUUCACUUACUUACUUGCUUAAGCCACAACUAACAAACUGAAUUUUUGAUAUUUACAAUACAUUGACUUUUUUCUGGAGAAUUCACCUUAUUCAUGUAUAUAUUGAACAAAAAAUUGCCAGAAUACAUAGCAGAUAAACCUUUGCCAUGAUAAGUGCUCUUUUCAGUUAGAUAUGGAGUGCUUUGCAGUACAAGUAAAUAAAAAUGUUCCUGAGCAUUUAUUUUUAUGUUUUGUGAUUUGAUGGCUAUAUAUAUAGCCAUAAUGUAAUUACUAAUGCUAUGAUAUUAACAUUAUACAAAUUGAAUGUGUAGGAAUUAUCGUGGAGUGCAGAAUAUGCUUUAUCAAUUCUUUUCUCUGUUUUUCUGUUAAGACCAUCGUCUUUGUGUUCUGUGUAAUUGCUUUAAAUCUUGGUACACUAUGGAUUAUGAUAUAAACCAUUUCAGAAUUAUUGCACCAGGAAGUUAUCAUUCUUAUUAGAAUGAAUUGAUUAUAUAUUUUUUAAAUUCCAAUUGCAAAUUUUACAUGAUAACUGUUUAAUAAUACAAAUGAACUUAAGGUGGUACCUAACACUACAGGGAGAUAACUCUGUAAAGUCAGCUUAACGUUUUAAUUACGUUGUGUUGUAAAAGAAAUAUUAAGCUGCUCAAUGAUCGAAAUUGGUGUUUGUCAAAUUGCUAUAUAACCAGUGUAAUUUUUCUGACAAAACGAUUGUUUCAAAACUUUUUAAAUUUUUACAUUUUUGUUAAUGACAAAAUUUUAUGAAAAUUAAACCAGCCAAAUUAAUUUUAGUGAAAGUGUUGGGUACCACCUUAAAAUAGCUUAUCAACAAAUAAUUCACAUUGGCAUUAUUAAAAUACACAGUAUAUGAUUUUGCUUGAUUGACUAACUGUGAUUUCAGUUUGUUUGUGUAUACUUUUUAUUUGUGUUCAGUAAAGGUGUGCUUUGUUAUUAACUUUUUGAAAUUUUUUAAAAUAAAGUUUAUUUUAUCUUAA